CGAUUCUAACGAGCGUCAGGUAGCUCCGUGUCACUUGCACGUUUCGUUGCCAUGUGGCAUAACGAAUUUCUCUCGGCUGUUUGUUACAUCACAGAGAAACCUCUUCCAGCAGCAGAUUGAAGAAGCGUGGCUUUUACGUCUUCCAUUCGAAUACAAUGGGGCCGGGAUUCUUCCGAUGGAAAUUGAUCGGCUUGAUAAUAUUAGCGCUACUGUUAUGGCAGGCGACGAAAGUGUUGAUGAACAUCGCGCAGGAGAAAUCUGCGAUCAAAGCGCAGCUUCAGGACGUCCAGCUGGUAACGAUAAAUCAGGAGGCUGAACGGAGACAGCAGAGGGUCCACGUAGCUGUUUACUAUGAAGCACUCUGUCCGGAUUCCCGUAGCUUUUUUAUCAAACAAUUACUACCGACGUACCACAGAAUCCCAGAGAAUAUCCAAGUGGAGUUGAUACCAUAUGGCAAAGCUAUGACGAGAAAGACUGACGACGGUUACAGAUUCACCUGCCAGCAUGGACCGGUUGAAUGCGACGCCAAUAUGAUUCAUGCAUGUUCCAUAGACGUUCUAAGGAAUUCCUCUGUUCAAUUAGAAUACUUGUCUUGCAUGAUUAAAAAUAACUUGGACCCGGUGGAUAUUAUGAAAAGCUGUGCCAGCAGGAUGAAUAUAGACUACAACUCUAUUUAUGAUUGUUUCGUGGGAGAUAAGGGCAAGGAACUUUUAGCGAAAUACGGAGACAAGACGCACGCUCUCGUACCGGCUGUUUCUUUUAUACCAACCGUAACGUUAGACGGGAGCUCGAAGAACCAAGCGAAGAUACUGAAGAAUCUACUCCAAGAGGUGUGCCUACAAUUCCAGAAAGUAAUCCCUGAAGGCUGCAUAUCGUAAAAGAGCAUUAAAACUGCGUUUUCUAUGAAUGACGAAUUCUGUGGGAUGAACGAAUUCUUGUUACAGUAAGAGGAAAGUAAGAGAAAGUGCUCUGGAUAUUCAAUUAUUUGUCCUAAUUUUAUACGAACGUUAACAGAAUCUGAUGUAUUUUAUUUGAUGUAUUUUGGCGUGAAAUAAUAAUUCUAUGAAACGUUGAGGAUGUUUGAUUGCCGUUUAAAAAAAAAAA